ACACAGACAAGCACAUCAGUAUACAUCGUGAACAUUUUUGUGCAAUUCUACAUAUGAAAUGAACAUUACUUUCCGUACCUGUUACAUUUGCACUAGGCUAUUGGCUGGGCUAAUCAGAAGCCGGCCACAGCUAUUUUCACUAAAGUCUGUUAGACUGUAUUUAUCAGAUGUCCGAGCGCUGACGUGGAAGCGGCAGCGGAAGUGUUCAGCCUCCUUGUGUGAAGACCGAAGAGUGUAAAGACCAACGACUUUUUCCUGCGCGACUUUAACUGAGCAACGACACCAAGCUACACCCUUAAGUAUCAUUUUUUCCUUCCCUCACACACUCUCCUUUCCUAUCCUCUUUCCUUCUACCUCUAUCAUGUGUUUCCAAAACAUUCCGGUUUACUCUCAACCACGCUCUAACAUCACACGUAAAUGGCAACGUAAUCCUGCUAACCUGCGCAACUAUCUCUACCUCUUCCACUACACCUCUUUCUUUCUCUGUGGGUCUCUGGAAUUGUCAGUCAGCUGUCAACAAAGCUGACUUCAUUUCUGCUUUUUCUUUACAAUCCACACUCAGCAUCUUGGGCUUGACUGAGACCUGGAUUCGUCCAGAAGACUCAGCAACCCCAGCUGCUCUCUCUAAUAAUUUUGCUUUCUCUCACACUCCACGCCAAGUUGGCCGGGGUGGGGGCACUGGUCUGCUCAUUUCAAACAAUUGGAAAUACUCAACCCGCUCUCCCCUGUCACGAAUCCAGUCUGUGCACUUCCGUUCAUUCACCACCGGAGGUCACUCGCUCAUCAUAUUGACUUUCACACCACACAUCUCAAUGGACUGCGUUUCCCAUCAGCCAUCUCACUAAUCACACGCUCACCUGAUCACACGCACACAGCUGUAACCAAUCACACACACUAUUUAAGCCAUGGACUUUCUCUCCCUCGUUGCCGAGUAUUGUAUGCAUUAUCGCUGCCCUACAGAGCCCCAUUAGUUUUCCUAGUCUUUCCUAGCCUUGCCUUGCCUUGCCUUGCCUUGCCUUGCCUAACCUCGCCUUUGUCGGAUUGUGUUUUCACCUGCCUGGACAAUCGCUCACGUUUUGGAUUACCUCUCUUGUCUAGCCCUCUUGAUACUGUUCGCUGUAGCCUGACCCACGCCUGUUUCAGAUAACUCGUUGCAUUGCCUUUAUAUACCUGUCUGCCAUUGUUCGACCCUGCCUGUUUGACCACGUCUCUGUUUCAAUAAAGCUUGCAUAUGGAUCCGCACGUCUCACGUCUCGUCAGCCCCGUAACAUCCCCUAUGCAAUUACAACUCAUUCGAAUCUCAUGCCAUUACUGUAUCAGCUCCUAUAAAACUCCAUAUUGUGGUAAUUUACCGUCCUCCUGGCCAAAUUCUAGCCACCUUCCUAGAGGAGCUGGACGGGCUGCUGUCCUCUUUCGUGGAGGAUGGCAUUCCACUCUUAGUCUUUGGUGAUUUCAACAUUCACCUAGACAAGCCUUAUGCUACAGACUUCCAUUCACUCCUAGCUUCAUUUGAUCUCAAACGCAUUACCACUACUAGCACGCACAAAUCAGGCAACCAACUUGAUUAAAUUUACACACGCAAUUGUACUGCAGAUAACAUUCUGGUACAACCACUAACAUAUCUCUGACCAUUUCUUCAUUACAUUUACAUUACAUUUUGCUACCCGUGUGCCACCAACCCCCCUACCGGUUACUUUUAGACGAAACCUACGCUCCCUUUCUCCCUCCCAUCUUUCCUCUGUAGUAUCCUCCUCUCUUCCCUCACCUACCCAUUUCUCAUCUCUGGAUGUGAAUGCAGCUACUGACACUUUAUACUCUACCUUAACCUCUUGUCUAGACGACAUUUGUCCUCUCUCCUCUAGGCCAGCAAGGGCUGCCCCUUCUAACCCCUGGUUACUAAACUCAGAGCGGCAGAGAGAAAAUGGUGCAAAUCAAACGAUAUGUUGGACCUGAGUAGGUAUCAGUCUUUGAUGUCAUCUUUCUCUGCUAAAGUCCACACUGCCAAAUCCUCACAUUUCCACAACAAGAUCAACAGCGCUCCAGACAUGCGUAAUCUCUUCAGAACAUUUAAUUCUCUCUUCUGUCCCCCUCCAACACCUCCCACAACCUCUAUUACAGCUGAUGACUUUGCCACUUUUUUCACAGGCAAAACUAGAUCGAUCAGUGGUCAGUUCUCACCUCCACACACACAGGACCCCCAACCAACCACAUCCACUGCUAAAACUCCAAUCUUCUCCUUCUGUCCCCUGACUGAGGCUGAAGUAUCAAAACUCCUCUCCAACCAUCCUACAACAUGUCCUCUUGACCCAAUCCCCUCACACCUUCUCCAAGCAACACAUCCCACCUUACAGGCAUCUUCCCCACUGCGUUCAAGCAGGCUCAGAACAACAAACUGGACGCUAAACAGUCAGGUUUCAGGAGUGGCCAUUCAACUGAGACUGCGCUACUCUCGGUCACUGAAGCCCUGCGAAUUGCAAAAGCCCAUUCCAAAUCAUCAGUCCUCAUUCUGCUGGAUCUGUCUGCUGUUUUUUUACACUGUCAAUCAUCAGAUACUCCUGUCCACCCUCUCAUCACUGGGCAUCACCAGGAUUCCACUUCACUGGUUUGAAUCCUAUCUCACUGGUAGGUCUUGGCCUGGGGAGGGGAGGUAUCCAAAGCCCAUGGACUGGUCACUGGGGUUCCUCAGGGAUCGGUUCUUGGACCCCUCCUCUUCACAUACACUACAUCACUGGGUCCCAUCAUACAGGCACAUGGAUUCUCCUACCAUUGCUACGCUGAUGACACACAGUGUGCCUGGCGGACAUCUCGACAUGGAUGAAAGAACAUCACCUACAGCUCAACCUGGCAAAGACUGAGCUACUCGUCUUCCCUGCCACUCCGACUCUACAGCAUGACUUCACGAUCCAGUUAGGUUCAUCAACAACUACCCCAUCAACUUCGGUCAGAAAUCUUGGUGCAAUCUUUGAUGACAGCUGACCUUCAAAGACCACAUUGCAAAGACUGCUCGAUCUUGCAGGUUUUCACUACACAACAUCAGAAAGGCCCUUUCUGACAGAGCAUGCUGUACAACUUCUUGUCCAGGCCCUUGUCAUUUCUAGGCUGCAAUGCUCUUCUGGCUGGACUUCCAUCAAACACAGUCAAAGCUCUAUAAAUGAUUCAGAAUGCAGUGGCACGACUGGUCUUCAAUGAACCCAAAAGAGCCCAUGUUACACCUCUCUUUAUCUCCUUGCACUGGCUACCGGUCGCAGCUCGCAUCAAGUUCAAGACACUGAUGCUUGCAUAUAGAACAACCACAGGCUCAGCACUCGCCUACUUGCACUCACUAUUAAGAAUCUACAUCCCCUCCAGAAGUCUGAGAUCUGCUAGUGAGCGACGACUCGUGGCACCAUCACAGAGAGACUCAAAAUCACUCUCCAGAACAUUCUCGUUCACCAUUCCUGGCUGGUGGAAUGAUCUUCCCACCCUUAUCCGGAGUGCUGGAUCCCU